AUUACCAACCGAAACCUACCCAGGGGGGUCCGGGGUUAUCGCUCGCCGCUUCCCCAUUGGUCCCCGCACCAAGCGACGCUUCGAAAACAACUCAAAAGAUUGCAACCACCAACAGCAACUCCAUUUACCAUCACCAAGUGCUCAUCAUAAAAUGUCGAAAAACGUGCUCGUUAUCGGAAGCGGCGGUCGCGAACACGCCAUCACGUGGAAAAUCUCGCAAAGCCCCCUUGUUAAGAGCAUCUACGCCGCCCCCGGAAGCUACGCCAUUCAACAGGUGGCCAAAGCACAGAAUGUUGACCUCAAUGUCAAGGACUUCAAGGCGAUUUCGAAAUUUUGCAAAGACAAUCAAGUCUCGUUGGUGAUUGUGGGGCCCGAGGACCCCCUCGCCAACGGCAUUGCGGACGCUUUGACCCAUGACGGUGUCCCGGUGUUUGGGCCCCCCAAAGACGGGGCCCGGAUUGAGUACGACAAGGACUGGGCCAAGGCGUUCAUGGACAAGCAUGGGAUUCCCACUGCGCGCUGGAAGUCGUUCAAAAACGGAAACGAAGCAAAAAAAUUCAUCAAUAGUGCCGAUUUUCCCGCGCUUGUUGUCAAGGCCAGUGGCUUGGCGGCGGGUAAGGGGGUGGUGGUCGCCGCCUCCAAGCAAGAGGCCUGCGCCGCCGUUGACGAAAUCCAAUCCAGGUUUGGCACAGCUGGUGAAACUGUCGUAAUUGAGGAGCUCCUAACGGGUGAAGAAGUCUCAGUUUUGGCCUUUUGUGAUGGCAACACUGUCAAGCCCAUGUUGCCGGCGCAGGACCACAAACGCAUUUUCGACAAUGACAAGGGCCCCAAUACCGGAGGCAUGGGGGCCUAUUGUCCGUGCCCCCUCCUCGACCCCCCACAGCUUGACUUCGUCAAGAAAAACGUCCUCCAACGAGCUGUUGAAGGUUUCAAAAAAGACAAAAUCAAGUUUGUUGGGGUUCUCUACGCCGGCUUGAUGCUCACACCUGGUGGGCCUAAAGUUCUCGAAUUCAAUUGUCGCUUCGGGGACCCUGAGACCGAAGUCAUACUUCCGUUACUUGACUCCGAUUUGUACACAGUUAUGAGCGCGUGUUGCACCGGAAGUUUGGAUAAAGUUGAUUUGUGUUGGAAGAGCGGGCUUCAUGCAGUUGGCGUGGUGAUGGCGUCGCGGGGAUACCCCGAAACGUCGAGUAAAGGUCAGGUGAUCACUCGAAUUGAUGACGUCAACGUACGCACCAAUCACGUCGUGUUUCACUGUGGGACCGCCCUUAAGGACAAAUUGGUGACCAAUGGCGGGCGGGUAUUGAUUGCCGUGGCCUUGGCGCCGCAGUUGGCCUUGGCUGCGGCACAGGCGACUAAAGCGUGUGAUGUUAUUCAAUUCGAUGGCAAACAAUUCAGACGCGAUAUAGCCCAGAAGGGGAUUUCAAGGGCGAUUCUAGACAGUGGCAAACUCACAUAUAAGGCCAGUGGGGUUGAUAUAACCGCCGGAAAUGAUCUAGUUUCACAUAUCAAACCCCUAGCCAAGUCUACCAACCGUUCCGGCGUUAUGGGAAGUUUAGGGGGUUUUGGUGGUUUGUUUGAUACCAAGGCGGCCGGGUUUAGGGACCCGCUUCUCGUGUCAGGGACUGACGGUGUUGGCACCAAACUCAAAAUUGCCCAAGAAAUGGGGAUUCAUGACACUAUUGGUAUUGAUUUGGUCGCGAUGUGUGUCAAUGAUGUGCUAGCACAUGGGGCUGAGCCUUUAUUCUUCUUGGAUUAUUUUGCAUGUGGGAGUUUGGACGUUAAGGUGGCCAAGGAGGUCGUCAGUGGCGUUGCUGAGGGGUGCAGGCAAGCAGGGUGCUCUCUAAUAGGUGGCGAAACGGCCGAAAUGCCCGACAUGUACCCCCCUGGCGAGUACGACGUUGCCGGUUUCGCAGUCGGCGCCGUCGAACGCGACCAAUUAAUGCCCCGAAUCGCGUCCAUCCAACCCGGUGACGUCAUUUUAGCCCUCCCAUCGUCGGGGGUUCACAGCAACGGUUUCAGUCUAGUGCGCAAAAUAAUGAAACUGGCGGGAGUCUCCUACCGGGACAAAGCCCCCUUCAGCAAAACGGGAAAAACUUUCGGAGAGGAACUGCUAACCCCCACAAAACUUUACGUCAAGAGUGUCAUUCCGGCGGUUAAAACCGGCAAAGUCAAGGCUUUCGCGCACAUAACCGGCGGCGGUUUAACCGAAAACAUCCCCCGGGUUUUACCCGAAAACCUGGGCGUGGAACUGGACGCGGAGCGGUGGCAAAUACCCGAAGUGUUCGCAUGGCUGGCAACCGCAGGUGGUGUAAACCAGGCUGAAAUGCUCCGUACUUUCAACUGCGGAGUUGGGGGUAUUUUAGUUGUUGAUCCGAAAGACGAAGCGGAAAUCACCAAAUUAGUAUCAUCGCACGGGGCUGUGAAAAUCGGUCAAGUGGUCAAAAAAAGUGACGAUCAAGUCAUAGUUAAAAACUUCUCGAAAGUGAUGGAGAUCCGCAUGAAGCCGUUCGUACCAACCUUGGUGACAAAAAUCGCAAACAAGAUGCGAAUCGGUGUGUUAAUCUCGGGCAGUGGUACCAACCUGCAGGCCCUAAUCGACGGGACGCAAACCGCAGAUUUAGGGGCGGAAAUAGUCCUUGUCAUUUCAAACAAAGACAAUGUUGAAGGGUUAAGAAGGGCCGAAAGGGCCAACAUCCCCACUAAAGUGAUAAGUCACAAGGCGUACCCGAACCGCGAGGACUUCGACCGUGCCCUUCACAACGAAUUGGUUUACGCUGGGGUUGAGUUAAUCUGUCUUGCCGGUUUUAUGCGUAUUUUGACUGGGGAAUUCACCGCCAAAUGGAAGGGCAAGUUGAUCAACAUCCACCCGGCCCUUUUGCCCUUGUUCAAGGGCACGCACGCGCAAAAGCAGGCCCUUGAAGCGGGUGUCCGCAUUAGCGGAUGUACGGUACAUUUUGUGGAGGAGGCCGUGGAUGGGGGGCAUAUUAUCACGCAAGAGGCCGUCCCUAUAGAGCUCGACGAUACUGAGGAGACUUUGACUGAGAGGAUCAAAACGGCCGAACAUAAGGCGUUUCCGAGGGCGCUUGAGUGGGUGGCGAAGGGGAAAGUUAGGAUCGGUGAAGAUAAUAAGUUAGUUUGGAAGCUGUGAUUGUGUGACCUUUGAAAAAUGUAAAUAAACUAGUUUUACUUGA